AUGUCCCCCUCUUGUAGCCUCAUAUGCCGCAGGCAGAAAAAGAUCGAAACCUCUGACGCUGUUGCCGUUACUGCUCCGCCUACUCAUACCCCUCCACCGACACUUCAGAGUUUGUCCACUCCCAAUCGCUUGCCGCGCAGCCAGGUGGACAAGUCGACCUCAGUGUCCCCCCCGUCCGAGAUCCCCACUCAGCAAAAGCCAUGUAUCAAGAGGCUCGAUGGCGUCGAUGCAGAAACCCCCAUUCCUCAUCCGCGGCUUGUCGAGUCAGGGCUGUCCCCUAUCGUACCAUCUAGCGUGGUAUCGGCGCCCUCUGAGCCAGACCCGAUCCAUUCCCUCGUUCCAGAUGUCGCUCAGGAGCUACCGGACACGGCAUCGGCGAAACAGCUCAGCGCAAACGACUAUUCUGUGGGUUGGAUUUGCGCUGUGCCUGUCGAGUACGUCGCUGCGCAGGUGAUGCUUGACGAGGUGCACAAGCGUCCCGGAACCUUGGCGCGUAGCGAUGGCAACGACUACGUGUUUGGGAGAGUUGGCGAACACAAUGUCGUUGUUACCGUUCUCUCUAGCGGUGGGUAUGGAACUACCUCGGCGACCAAGGUGGCAGCAGACAUGCAAGCCAGUUUUCCCAGCGUCAAACACGGCCUCAUGGUCGGUAUCGGGGGCGCUGCGCCGACCCCGAAAAACGAUGUCCGGCUCGGGGAUAUCGUCGUUAGUGUCCCCGGAAAUGGCAGGCCUGGGGUUUUCCAGUACGACUACGGAAAAGACGUGCAGGGAUGGGAAUUUGAAACGACGGGCACUCUCAACCAGCCCCCGCGCAUCUUGCUAAACGCGGUGGCAGGGCUCCGGGCGGACCAUGACAGCGCCAGUGGCGGUCACCGGCUUGAAGACGCCGUCAACAAGGUCUUCGAAAAACGGCCGCACCUCCGCAAGAACUACCAGCGCCCGGGUCCGGAGGCAGAUCAUCUCUUCAAGUCUAGCGUCACCCACGCAACCAGUUGUGGCGUAGACCAGUGUUCGUACGGGAAUCCGGAGCAUCUCGAAGAGCGGAGCGAGCGAGCGCGCAAGGGCCGCUCGGAAAUACACUAUGGCCUCAUUGCCUCCGCAAAUCAGGUGAUGAAGAAUGCGCUAGUACGGGACCGGUGGGCAUCCAAAGGCGUCCUGUGUUUUGAGAUGGAGGCAGCGGGGCUGAUGAACGACUUCCCAUGUCUGGUUGUGCGUGGGCUAUGCGACUACUCGGACACGCACAAGAACAAGAUCUGGCAGGGGUACGCAGCAAUGGUGGCGGCCGCCUACGCGAAAGAUCUCCUCUACCGCCUCGCCCCUAUUCAGGGGCCGGUCAGCAAACAUAGCGAGGAUGAAGCCCGCGAGGCCCAUGAGAUCCUCGAGUGGAUCACGACCAUCAACUAUGGCCCCCAGCAAAGCGAUUUCCUUAGGAAGAGGGAGCCCGACACCGGUCAGUGGCUGUUGCAUUCAGAAGCGUACCGCAAAUGGGCGGAUACCAAGGGCCUUACGCUGUUCUGUCCAGGGGUCCCGGGAGCCGGCAAGACAAUCCUCACGGCGACCGUGAUCGACAAUCUGUGUGAGAGAUUCAAGUACGACUCGAGCGUCGGCAUCGCCUACCUUUACCUCAACUUCGAGCGCCGCGUCCAACAGACGCCCGAGAAGUUGCUCGCAAGCCUUGCGAAGCAAUUACUCCAGGGAUGGGUCCCACUCCCCGAGAGUUUGCAGAAGCUGUACAAGUCGCGCAAGGAUAAGUCAACUGACCCCUCGCCAACCGAGAUACUCGAGAUCCUAGAGAGCGCAGUUCGGCUACACGCGAGGACUUUCAUCGUGGUCGACGGGCUAGACGAGUGCGAGAAGACGGCGUUCGUAGCCAGGCUAUCGGAGAAGAUCUUCCAUUUCCAACAAGAGUCCGAACUUGGGAUCAGCUUCUUCGCAACCUCGCGGCCCAUUCCGGUCAUCGAAAAGCUGUUCAAUACCGACGUCUGUGUGAGGCAGAGAGUACUCGCUAGCAACCACGACAUUAUGAAGUUUGUCAACGGGCACAUGGACGAACUGGCGGGGUUCGUGAGCGAGAUGCCCGAUCUUCAGAGAGAGAUCGUGACCACAAUUAUAAACGCCUCGGGCGGAAUGUUCCUCUUAGCCGAGCUGUACCUAAGCUUUUUGGAAGACAAGACCACGCCCGCCGAAGUCCAAGAGACGCUGGGGCAGUUUCUAAACGAAGGCAACGCUCGUCUCGCAUCAUCCGAAGACGAGAAACGGGAGGUACUCAGCCGCGCAUACGACCAAGUCACGAGGAGGAUCAAGGGCCAGAAAAAGGGGCUGCAAAGGCUCGCCCGCCGGGUUCUGACGUGGGUCUUUCGUGCGAGACAGCCGCUGACCGAAGCGGCUCUCCGCCACGCGCUAGGCGUCCGGCCGGGCUCGAUGGUUCUCAGUGAGCAAAGCGUACCACGCUGCGAAGACAUCGUGUCCGUAUGCAUGGGGCUGGUGACUGUCGACGCCGCGAGUGGCACAAUACGGUUCAUCCACGCCACGGUGCGCGAAUAUUUUGAGCAACCGCCACCUAAUGCGUCUCAAACACUGAUUCUGGAUCCGAAUGAAGAGCCGACUAUCGCCGCAAUAUGUGUGUCAUAUUUGUCCUUUGCCGCCUUCUCCGAACCUCCCCCCACUGGCUUCCUGACCCUCGAGCGUCUUGGGGAAAGGUGUGAGGAGCACCCGUUAUACUCGUAUGCCGCCACAUACUGGGGCCACCAUGCGCGCGAGAGCCUCAGCUCUGGAAAGACGGAGGAGCUAAUCCUUGAUUUCCUCGACUGCGAGGAAAGUGUUGCGGCUGCGAGCCAGGUGCUUACGGCCACCAUGGGCCUCUUUGAGCUAGUGUCUGCCCGUAUCGAGAUAAAAUCAUCCGACCAGAGCAAGGGUGACGCACCUGAGAGACGUGAGGAAGACGGCGAAGCAUUGGAUACGGGGGAGGAGCCCGAGUUGAAAGUGGAGAUACGAGAAGUGAUGAUUCCCAUGCGGCUCAGCGCAGCGCACCUCAUUGCACACCUCGGGCUGGAGAGGCAGGUUUCGGCUUUCCUCAAACGCGGGCAGCUGAUGGACGACCGAGACUUCGCUGGAAUGUCACCGCUCGCCUGGGCCGCUCGGGGAGGGCACAAAGCCGUCGUUGACCUGCUGCUGGCGAGCCAUGGAGUGGAUGCGGAGGCGGCGGACAAGGAAGGACGGACACCAUUGUUGUGGGCAAUGUGGUUUGGCAGGGAGGCAGUGGUCGAGCGUCUGCUGGUUUCUGGGAGAGUCAGUCUGGAAACGUCCCUACCGGCGAAGCCGGUCCUCUCCGUUUCACUGACGGACGCCCUCGUGGAUCAUGUCUAUGCGGAGAACGAGUUCUUCUUUAGGCUGAUGAGAAGGGAGCGGGACACCACGUUUCAUCUGACUCAGCUCGCUUGGGCGGCAUUCAUCGGACGCCGAGCAUUGAUACAGGCCGUAUUAACUGCGAUGAAUCAAAGCAAGGGGUCGGAGCAUGGGGGCCCUGCCGUCCUUAAUGCUCGGGAUCCAAAGUACGGUCGCACCCCUCUUUGGUGGGCCGUGAGGCACGGACAUCGAGAAGCCGCUCAGCUCCUGCUGGAAACAGACGGCGUUGAUCCGGAUGCCAGGGACAGCCGGCUCCAGAGCCCGCUGGCGAGAGCGGCGGUCAACGGACGGGUGCACCUCGCCGAGCUACUAUUGCACACAGGGGGGUACCGCGUCGACGUGAACUCCAAGGACAAGUACGGACUGACGCCCCUCGGUUUGGCAGCGUCGUACGGGCACGAGCCAAUCGUGCGGCUGUUACUUGCCCAGCCAGGAAUUGAGCUGAAUUCUCGGGAGGAGGGCGGGCCGGCGCCGCUACUAAAAGCAGCUGAGAACGGCCGCACGGGAACUGUCGAGAUUAUGCUGGCACAAGAUGAAAUAGACUUGAACCCGAGAGACGGAGACGGCCGUACGCCCUUGCUAGUCGCAGCUGCGCAUGGGCACAUCGGAGUUGUGAGGCUGCUUCUGGCGACGGAAGGGGUGGAACGCGACGUUACAGACAACAUGGGGCGUACUGCGCUGCAGUCAGCCGUUGAUAACGGUUAUCAGAAAGUGGUAGAACUUCUUUCUCCGGGUAAAUCACCCGAGAUCGAGUCGAGACACACGGGCGAUCCAAAACAAGCUCUCCGGAUUCAUCAUCUCGACGAGCCCGACGCUAGAAGGGGAUAUCUGCCAGCACCCGGUCCCCGGUAUGAAAGGAAUGUACAACCGGAGGUCAUGCUAUUGAGACUUGGGAGUGCAGAAUCCAUCGAGCCCGUUGUCAUGGCUGGUUCUAAACGUGGUCUCUGCUGUUGCCGCAUUUUGUAG